GAUUUAGAACCUAACUUUUUGUUUCUGUAUCGGUCGUUCGUUUCCACACACCGACAUUAUAAUUACUGAAUCUAUUCCAACAGGUUAUUGGGAAGUUUUGUUACGUCACCCAACAGGUACGUCAUCUGACAGCUGAACGGUGACGUGAGUUUACUUUCUUCUUGCUGUCACCUCGCUGCCUCUCCUGUUGUUCUUUAGCCGCCCAAAUGGAAUCAUGGAGGUGACAACUUUAAACAGUUUUAAUCAUUAUUUCAUGGAGACGGUGCUUUAAUCAAGUGUGAGCGGCGCGCUGUUCCUAUUGGACCGCAGCCGCUCGUGUCCGACGGUUUAUGCAAAUGAGCUCUACCGAAUAUGGACACGGGGAAUGAAAUAUGGUGGAGGAGGCGAACAUGGAGGAUCCCAGCGCCGUGAGAGCUCCGCGGUAGAACUCUUAUUUUAUUUAUUUAUUUUCGCCCGUGGGGGGGGUGUUUCGAGAAGGACAAACUCGGAUGUGCUCCCGGCCGAACUUUGGGGGAAAGUUUUACGCGUUGGUCUCCGUUAUUCGCGCCGACGUCGAGUCCGUUGUAAUGCAGUGAAGACCCGACUUCUCAAACUCGGGGGUGGUGCUGCUGCUGCUGCCGCUGCCGCUGCUGUGGUGGUGCUGGUGGUGCUGGUGGGGGGACGCGAAGCAGGGCAGAGGGCUCCGGCCGGGCGCACCAUCCCGACGCGAUGCCGUGGGUCAGCGGCGGGAAGCGGACGGAGAGCGCCGAGCUGCCGCUGCCGGCGGGCUGGGAGGAAGCCCGCGACUACGACGGCAGGCUGUUCUUCAUCGACCACAACACCCGGCAGACGUCGUGGAUUGACCCCAGAGAUAGGAUCACCAAGCCGCUGACGUUUGCUGACUGCGUCGGGGACGAGCUUCCUCUCGGGUGGGAGGAGGUUUACGACCAGCAAGUGGGCGUUUACUACAUCGACCACAUCAACAAGACCACCCAGAUCGAGAACCCGCGGACUCAAUGGCGCCAGGAGCAGGAGCGCAUGCUGAAGGAGUACCUGGUGGUGGCCCAGGAGGCCCUCAAAGCCAAGAAGGAGAUGUACCUGGUCAAGCAGCAGCGUCUGGAGCUGGCCCAGCGGGAGAUGCUGCUCCUCCACGAGCUCUCCGAGGACAACCGCUCCAUCACCAGCACGCUCUCUGGCUCCUCCUCCAACUCCAAAUACGACCACGACCAAAUAAAAGCAGAGGUGGCUUGUAGGCGAGAGCGGCUCUCCAGACUGAAGCAGGAGCUGGCCCAGGUGAAGCAGGAGCUGCAGUAUAAGGAAAUGGGAGUGGAGACCCUGCAGGAGAUCGACAGGAAGAUGUCCUGCAGUCAGACCAACUACAAGCUGGACGAGGCUCAGGCCAUCUUCAGCGAGCUGCGCAGCAUCAAGAAGUCCAUCAGCACGGGCGAGAAGGAGAGGCAGGACCUCAUCCAGAGCCUGGCGAAGCUGACGGUUAACUGCCAGAACAGCUCGUCUGUCCACGAGCCUGCCGGCGAGGCCCCCGGACCCCCCGGGGACACGUGCUACCUGCAGCAGUACUGUGACACCGGCUCUCAGACCGACAUCAUGGGAGAGUACCAAGAUUCCUCGCACUUGGUGGACAAAGUCAAAGUCAACUGGCAGUACGAAGAAGCCAAGAAGAAGGUGCAGAGCGUUCAGCACCAGCUGGCGCAGCUGGACAGCGAGAGCUGGUCGGGCCGGGCCGAGGCGGACCGGGACCGGGACUUCAUGCAGCUCCUGCGUGAGAAGGAGGCGCUCCUGCAGGAGCUGGUCCUGGUGGGGAAGCAGCGGCACUCCGAGGAGACGCUGCUGCAGCUGGAGGAGGAGCGCUGCCGGGUGGAGGAGGAGGUGCAGCGGGCCCACGGCUCCCAGAGCCAAGGAGCCAAUCAGAGGAUCCUGCAGCAGGAGAAGAGGAACGCUCUGCUGAGGCAGCUGGAGGAGGCCCCCCGUUUAGGAGUGACUCUCAGGGGAAACACCUCCAACAGAAGCGGGCGGCGGGCCCGGAGAGUCUCAGUGGGCGUGUCCGAGGACGCUCUGGCCACAGACAGCGGUGUGUUCGAGGCCUGGGGCAGAAGAGCCGAAGAGUCCGACGAGAUGUCCUACGUCAAAGACCUGACUCCUGUGAGCGAGCCCACCCAGAUCCAACUGGGCCUUCUGUGGGAGUCCGCCUCUCAGUCUCUGCGGCUUCAUCUGCUGCAGCUGAAGAAUUUGAACCGGUCCCUCGUGAGAGACGGAUAUAAAGUGUACGUGAAGGUGCACCUGAUCCCGCUGGACGCCGGCCGGGCCUUCGCCUUCUACUGCUGCACGGCGCUGGAGCCGCAGACGCUGAUGACCUUCAACGAAGGCUUCCGCAUCCCCGUCACCGCGGGCGCCCUGGCGGCGUGCGGCCUGCAGCUGUCCGUCUGCUCGCUGGGACCCGAGGCCCAGGAGGAGCUACUGGGCUCGGCCCAGAUGAGCCUGGCUGACUGCGAGGGGAGCGCGGAGAUGGUUUACCACUGGCUGAGGACGCCGAGCGGCACGCCGGAGACCACCUGCCCCGAACAGAAGGGCGCCGGCCUGCGCAGGCGCCUGGACAGCCAGGAGGAGGAGCUAAGGGCCAGAGCCACGGACUCCAUGCCGUCCCGCACCACCCGAACCCCCACGGCCGCCCCCACCGUUCUGGGGAACGGGAGCCCGAGCUGGACGCUGCAGCCCACGCGCACCUCCCUGGACCUGGAGCUGGACCUCCAGGCCUGCCGGACGCGUCAGAGGCAGCUGACGGAGGAGCUGAGCGCGCUGAGGGAGCUGAAGCUCCGGCUGGAGGAGCCCGCCGAGCUCCCCCACUGGGCCCUGAGGGACGAGCGCUUCCGCUGCCUGCUCCGAGAGGCCCAGAGACAGGCCAAUCAAAGCGAGCAGGAGCAGCGGCAGGAGGAGGCGGCCGAGCGGAGGCUGAGGAAGGCCUCCAAAGAGGUGCUGCAGAUGAGGGGGCAGAGCCACAAGGAGCCCCUCCCUGUGCAGACAUUCAGAGAGAAGAUGGCUUUUUUCACGAGACCAAGGUUCAACAUACCUCCUUUGCCAGCUGACGACGUAUGAGGCGUCAGGAAACAUGAAGUAUUUAUCAGACAACGUGAGCUCAUGAAGUACAAAUACUUGUUUUUAGUUUUUUUCUACUCGGUGGCACAAAGAUGAGGGUGAAGAUUAGAAGGGUUUUUCUUACAAACACCAACACACUAAACUUUUUUUGGGUCACGCCUCUGACGAGGAAACACAUCUUCAGUCAUCAGUUGCUUGUGCUUACAAAAAGCUGGAAGACGGGAACAAAAGUAGCUUUGGACAAAUUCACUGUACUGUAACUUAUUUUAUAGUACUUUUCCUUGAAGGAAAUUUAAAAAAGACUCUUCCUGCUUUUUUUAAGUGUAGCUUUGAACAAAUAGCACUUCAAUGUUUUUACAUACAGUUAAAUGGAACUAUUGUCAGAUUUGUUACUUAAUUCUUAAGAGUUAUUUACAUAAUGUCACUUUGUAAUCACUUUUAUUACAGAUGCCAUUACCAUUUUGUUAUUAAUAUUACUUGUACUUAUACGGAGGGAUAUACGAGACACUGUAUUCAGAUUUUUUUUUUUAAUGAUGUCUGUAUAACAUCGGCAGUGUUGCCUCUUGUGAAGAUAAAAAAGAACCUAUAAACUGCGUCUCCGUGCUUCUUAAAUCGCCGUCUCCUUUUCUGCUCACGCAGCAGUUUCUUCCUAAACUGUGUCAGUGGUCACGUGUCAUUUCUUCUUUGUUCUUUUGUCGGAGACGAUGACCCAGUUUGGUCGUUGAGAUGCGGCCGAGUCAGCAGCUUCUCUCACGCACAAAAAAGGCCCGAAGGCGAAGAGACCGGAACAAGUCGUCUGUAGUGAUUUAAAGAAAAGAAUUAUCUUAUUGUUCCAUUACUGGAAGAGAGAAACGCUUUAUUUUUACUACUUUGCCUGUUGACAAUCAUCUGUAACUUUGAGCCAAUUUUACAUUUUGUUUCUGCAGUUUUACACGAGGCUUCCUCUUCCAAAAUAAAAGGUUUCAUGCAG